ACGCCGGACCGACGCCGACAGUUGCCGGACGGACCUAACACUAACAGCAAGCCUUACCAGCCGCGGGAUCGGACUAGGCUUGUUGGCCUCGCGUCGCGUCUCGGUCCCCUUGCCGCGGAGUCGCCACCAUCGGCAUCCAGCACCUUCCCCCAGCAGCAGAGCAGUCUCCGGCCGCAGCCAUGGCGCCGCCCAUCUCCACCUCCGACCCCGCGCUCCCCAACACUACCACAACCACCUCGUCGGCCCCCAAGUCGUCGUCUCGCCCCUUCCUCGCCCCGCUCGCAGCCUCCGCGCGCUCCCUCCUCGCCUCGGCGCGCCGCUCCCCGGUCACCACGCUCGCCGCCGCCUUCUUCCUCCUCGCGCUCGUCAUGUACGGCGAGGACGCCCGCACCAUCGCCGAGCUCUCCAUCGACGACUACCUCUACCCGGACGCUGACCUCUACAACGUCUCCGGCCUGCCGCCCCUCGCGCUGCCCCCGCUCACCUGCGACCUCUCCCGCGGCCGAUGGGUCUUCGACAACGUCUCCGUUCCGGCGUACCGGGAGAAAGACUGCACCUUCCUCACCAAGCAGGUCUCCUGCCUCGCCAACGGCCGCCCCGACGACAUGUGGCAGUACUGGAGAUGGCAGCCCAACGAGUGUUCCCUCCCCACGUUCGACGCUCGGAGAUUCAUGGAGGCGAUGCGUGGGAAGCGCCUCAUGUUCGUGGGGGACUCACUGAACCGCAACCAGUGGGAGUCGCUGGUGUGCCUGGUGCAGCCCAUCCUGUCCAAGGGCAGGAAGAAGAUCGUCAAGCGGGGCUCCCUCAACACCUUCUACGCCAAGGAGUAUGUAACAUCCGACCCACUUGUCUGAAGUGGUGCCAUUGCAGCCCACUACACGGCCCAAAUCGAGAUGUACAAAAGGAGCAGUUAGGUCAGGACAGGGGAAGGGAGAAAAGAGAAUAUUCAGAACACCACCAGUCAUCUUCCUCGUGAAGAAGCGGCAAGGCGAGUUUGUUGGAGUCUCACGCCCCGUUUCUCGUCGACGGCGGCCACGGGACGUGACAAUUGGUAUCAAAGCUUCGAGUCCUCGACAGUGCGGUGCGGUCGCGCUCUCUCGACAGCGAUCCUGUCCGGCGGCCACGAUUUUUUGCGGCGCUAGAGUUCCUUGUCUGACCGUUCGCGACGUCCUACAACACCUCAUCGGCGUUCGUGGUGGACGGUGUGGCGAUCAGUUUGGGAGGUCUUGGCGGCGGUGAUUAGUGGCGAGUGACGGCGGAAGACUGGAAGCUCUUCACCUGUUCGACAUAAGGCGUCCCCGGAGUGCAGGACAUCGAGACGGCUACCAUGGUCGCGCACCACCAGAAGACGGUGAUUGGCGGCGGCGCGCUGGAGUUGCCACCGGACCUCGUGAACUUCCUUGGCGGCAUUGACCCGUGCGACGGAAGACAGAACGGGCCGAGGGAGCUGUGGAACGACAUCCAUUGCUGCUUGGUGGAACCCGCGGCAUGGGACGUGCUGGAGAACUUCGAGCAGAGGUGGAAGAAGCAGGACAAGGGCGACAACCUCCUAGUGGCGCUGAACAGGGCGUGGGCGGAGCUGCCGAAGAACAAUGGUUGGGCGAUUCCACGAUCUGGAGAAGGAGGGCAUUGGUGGGGACUUGAUGGACAGGGUGACAGAGGUAUGGCUUUUCCAGUGCUCGAUGAAAUGCCUCACGACGGCAGUGAGGCGGUGAUUGUUCCAUUCUCUGAAGGUUUUGAUUAUCCAAUGUUCGAUGAAAUGUCUGCUGAGGAGGUGGUCUGGGAUGCAGAAGUGCUACUUGGCUGUGAUUCACUUGGUUUUUGGCAGCGGCUAGCUCAUGGAGUGGGGAACCAGAUGCCCAACGAUUGCAAGCAGGAUGUUGUGCCUGAUGCCCCAUGGAUGUUUGUUGGAAUGUCACAGCAAGCAAAUACACACCCAGUGUUCAGUGAAAUGGGUCCUAAAGUGGCAUGGGAUGAGGAGAUGCAAUCAGAAACUUAUACGCAUGAAGGUUUACUGAAGCAGCUUGCUCAAGGUGGAGAAGCCUUAGAAGUAUCAGCUAAUAAGGAUGAUGUUGGUGAUGAUGUGGUGGCUCUGAGAGGUGAAGAAGCCAUAGAAGAAUCGACCAAGAAGGAUUCUGAUGUUGAAGAUGAGGCAACUGCAGUGGUUUUGAAGGAUGGAAGCAUGGAGCGGUUUCCUUCUGCAUGUACUGGCCGUGUGCUUGAGGAUAGUCUUGAGAAGCAGCAGAAUGCUGAAGACCAAGUUGUUGCCGGUGAGGUGGUUGAAGGGGUUAGCAGUCAAUUGCUGAAGUUGUAUGAGCAAAACCGUAUAACGCAGGCAUCAUCAUCACAGGGAAGUGAAGCGGAAGGGAACUCUACUGGUGUGUGUAAUCAAUGUUCAACUGUAAAUUCUGAAACGAACACUAAGGAAUCAUCUGUUUAUGGUCAUUUUCAGACAUCCAGACCGCCAAAUUUGCAGCAAUCGUCUUCAACAGGAGAAAGUGUUGGGGGCAAUGAAGCUCAUGUUGGUGUGAUGAAUAAAAUUGACAAGGAUAAGAAGCAGAACUCGUCCAAUGGUAGCAUGCCUCCACCAGACAUUGAAAAUGUUGAUGGAUUAAUGGAGAAGGGCCAUUAUGUCAAGCAGAAUCUACCAACAACAGCUGAGGACAUGGGAGGUCCGAUGGAGAGUAAAGAACAAUAUCCUCGAGCACCUCAUAAGCAAAAUUAUGUUUCUGAGGACAAGUCACAGCAGCUUGAUGACACACGGAAACACCAAAAGGGAUAUGAUCAUCCUCAACUUGUAGGGAGCCCUGAGCAGAAUAGAUGUGAUUCUACUGUCCUGGCGGUCUUCCUGAAAGUGGCAACUAAUGGAUCCACAAAACUGAGUCCUGAGUGCGAUGGUCAACCUUACUGUACAAGGUGCGUGACCACUAUGACAGGCAAAGUGCCAAGUCGAUUUCUCUUGAGCCUCGGUCUGGAUAACUUGGAGGAGAUGCAGCAAGAAGCAUGGGAGCCCAUGUCUCACAUGGAUCUGCUUCUCGCAAAGGAGCUGCGUCCUAUGGCAGACCCGUCUCUAGAACUUGCAGCUGCUAUUGGUGCGAGGUCCGACGGGCCAACGAGCAAAAUGACCGUCUCUACGAUCUUCAAGUCGGCCAGCUGCACAUCUAGUAGAACGGGAACCACACUCAUGCUGACUGCACCCUUGCAGAUGGUUAGCAUUGACAAGUUCAUGUUAGCCCUGUGUGCAAUGAGUGUGACGAAUGAGCUUGUCAGGUUGGCAUUUUCACCAUGUGUUGGAGUGAAGCCUACUGGGUUUAUGUCUGAGGUUUCUAGGGAGUUGGGCAUUGUCAUCAUUGGCAGUAGCGCUGCUUCUGUGAAGAUCUUCAGGGAUGAGAGACGACAAUCGGACAUAUUCUGCUACAUUAUUUCAAUGGCAGCAGCCGCUGAUAAGAUCUUGCCUGUUGUAGGAAGCAGAAAUGGUGCAUUGCUGCUUAUGCAAGCAGAACUCCAAGUGCUUUCAUCUCUUGGCGUGCUUCUUCUUUGGAUGAUUAGACCUUGGAAUCCAGGCAUUUUGGCUGCACUAUGUGUCACUGUUGCUUGGGGACAAGCAACGUUUCGACGGGGCGGUAAUGUAACAUCCGACCCACUUGUCUGAAGUGGUGCCAUUGCAGCCCACUACACGGCCCAAAUCGAGAUGUACAAAAGGAGCAGUUAGGUCAGGACAGGGGAAGGGAGAAAAGAGAAUAUUCAGAACACCACCAGUCAUCUUCCUCGUGAAGAAGCGGCAAGGCGAGUUUGUUGGAGUCUCACGCCCCGUUUCUCGUCGACGGCGGCCACGGGACGUGACAGAGUACCGCGCCACGCUCGAGUUCUACUGGGCGCCCUUCCUCGUCGAGUCCAACUCUGACAACCCCAACUUCCACAGCAUCAAGGAAUGGAUCAUCAGUCCCGAGCGGAUCGAGGCGCACACCAAGCACUGGAAGGACGUUGACUACCUUAUAUUCAACACCUACAUCUGGUGGAUGAACACUGCCGACAUCAAAGUCAGGAGAUCGAACUCGAGGUACUGGUCUGAGAACGACGAGGUUCCCAGGAUUGAGGCGUAUGGCCGGGUGUUCAAGACAUGGUCUGAUUGGCUCAAUGACAACAUCGAUCCUGCCCGCACGUCCGUCUUCUUCAUGACGAUUUCUCCUCCUCACCUCAGUCCACAGAAUUGGGGAAACCCGGAUGGGAUCAAAUGUGUAGGAGAGACUCUUCCGUAUCAGAACUACAGCCAACCCCUGGAUCUUUACCAUGACAUGCGGCUGUAUGACUUAGUGGUCAAGGUGGCCAGCUCCAUGGAGAAGGUCCCAGUGACAGUGAUCGAUAUCACAAGGAUGUCAGAUUACCGGAAGGACGCCCACACGUCCCUGUACACCAUCCGGCAAGGGAAGCUGCUGACGCCUAAGCAGAAGGCAGACCCGGAGAAGUUCGCGGACUGCAUCCACUGGUGCCUACCUGGCGUGCCGGACGUGUGGAACCAAAUACUCUACACGAGGAUCCUUUCGAAAUCAUCAUGGCAUUCUAAUUUUAGCCCCCCUCUGUUCCAGUCCCUGCCUCUUCCUCCCCAAUGAGAAUCAGAAGUGGGAGCUUGGUUUUUGUCGGAGAAUGUAUGAUUUUUCAUUCUUUUUUUUCUUCUUUUUUGGGUAGAUUGACCAAAAUGUUAGCGCAAAAAGGAAAAUGGAUAUGCUGAUUACUGAUGGUAUAGCAUGUAAGAAGGUAUAGCAUGUAAGAUGGUAUAGCAGCCAACAAGGAGUUUGAAAAGAUCGGAGUAUUCUUGUUUCCUUGAAAUGGUAAAGAUUGAUGUGAUGCUACGUAACUUAUAGGACUUCAUUUA